GGAAACGUCGUCCACCACGCUGAAGAGGGAAAAGUAUCAGCAGUAACGCUAACGUUAGUUCUCUGACCUUGACAAGACAUACUAUACAAUCUUUGACAAAAUUGGUUAUUAUGAACCAAUUUCAGAAUUUGAUAAAUGACUGUCUUAUCGAUACAAAACACGUGGAAAGCGCUGUCAUUCUGGUUGCCAAGACUGCAGCAGUAACUGCCGCGUCUGCAAGGUUUCAGGUUCUUCCACCACAAGCCCAGAUUUUCAUAGACUCUUUCAAGCACCUGACAUCGACCAGAGAGCAGGGCUUCUACUUCCAAGACAAAGCAUACACCUGUGUCCGAGCUGACAGGAACUCCAUCUACUGCAGAUGUGGAACACAUGGCUUGAUUCUUGUGAAGACUGCUCAUUACGUUAUAGUGGCCACAUACAACGACAGCAUGUACCCUAGCGUGUGUGUGGAGGCUGUCGAGAAACUAGCUGUGUACCUCAAGGAUAAGGGGAAAUGAAGCAAGAACUGAGGAGGAGCAUUCUGAUGGAUGAAGCUGAUGAAGUGGUCUGGUCAAGUUAAACAGUUGCCUACUGUCCAUGUUAGGCCACCUGCUAAGGAGGACAAGCAUGUUUAGGAGAAAGUCAGUGUGCUUUUGUUUUCUUUCUAUGAACCUGCCCCUGUCCCCUCUCACAGUACACAGGUUUAACCACUAGGUGGUAGUAAAUAGUAAUAAACCCAGCUGUGGUCCAAGAACAGAUUUGAGUGCAGAGAUCCUCUUGGAACAGGGAUUAUGACCAACCAUGGUCAAAGAGAUGCUGUAGUUCCAGCCCUGCUCUAUCACAUCUGAUUCUACUCCUCAGCUGACAGACGUGGUUUUGGGGCUUUGUGUCUAAUGUCCUUUUUAAACUGUCUGUUCAUCGCAGACGUUCUGUUCAAAUGCUUCAAUUACUCUCCAACCCCCUCUGGUGAUAACAUGAUUAACCUAGCUACACACUCGCAUGAACACACACACCCUGAUGUAGCCUUGAUGACUGUUUCAGAGCUGAAGCUGUGUAAAUGAAUUUCCUCAUGUGAACAAAUAAAGGAAAUCUGUAGUCAAAACAUCAAAGAUCCACCACUAUAUUUUACAGUAGGGAUGAGGUGUUUCCUGCACAUGUGUUGUUGUUUCGGAAGGCCAAACCCACUGGUGUGGUGGGUUUUCAUGUCAUCUGACCAUACCACUGCCUGGAGUUUGCUAAAUGGCUUUGACACUUGUAUUGGAAUUGUUGCUAUGGUUAUAUGACAUGAAAAUAGAGCUCCGGCCACACUGCAGCAGUGGCUUUGGCCAUCAAAAGAACAACACAUAUUCAGAAAAUACCUCAUUCCUACGGUAAAAUAUUGUGGUGGAUCUUUGAUGUUAUGAGGCUAUUUUACUUCCGCUGGUCUAGGGGCCCUUGUUGAGGUCAACGGCAUCAUGAACUUUACCCAGUUCCAGGACAUUUUUGCCAAAAACCUGGUUGCCUCUGCCAGGAGGCAGAAACUUGGCCGCAAGUGGAUCUUCCAGCAAGACAAUAACCCCAAACAUAAAAUAAUAAUACAUGUUUUAGCAUGCAAUGUAGCUCGCUUUCUGUAUUAUUGAUUUUAUACAGUCUUUUUUUCCCUCAUUUUUGUCAAGGGAUCCAAUAAUUCCAGACUCCACAGUACAUGCUGCAGAGAGACAAACAAGAACGCAUGGUAGCACACAGACUUCCUGCACUCUCUGUCACAUGCGGUUAGGGCACCUGUGCUUUUAAAGGAAUGUGACCUUUGUUGUCAAGUUCUGUUUGAAACCUCUAAAAAUGGAAGCUGGGCGGUCACAAAGAAUCAGUCGCUUGUCCAUUUUGUUGCACACACACUCUGAGACGUCUCCUGAAUUCCUCAGAGAGGAUUUGUGCUUGUGUCAGCCUGCAUGAUUGGUUAGAGGAGGAGAGACCUAUUUAACAUGGAGAACAACAUCUAUCAAGCACAGAGUACCACAGUAUGAGUCAUAAAACCCAUAAAACUGUGGUCAAAAAAGGAAAUGGUUCCAAUCAUUUUUCCACCAUUCAUUUUUAGAAACACUUAAAAUAAUUGCUGUGUUUUGAUAACCGUGUAAAUCUAGGACAAGAUUUUUUAUAUAUUUUUUCACCUGAAUUUACCCCCCACAAAUUUUGUUUUACUAAUUACUGUAGCAUUUUAGAAUCAGAGUAAAUAGAGCCGAUAUGUCACCUUGUCCGAGAGAGAUCUACAUGGUUAUCAAAA